CUUUGUUCAGUUCCAGGACUUGAACCAGAAGCCCCAUGCAGGCAAACUGUUCAGAGUUCAAACCCCCAACGCCCAUGCCUUGUGGCACAUGUUUGUGUCAGCGGAAAAGGUACAUGCUUACUGCUGACAUCGCCAAUGUCCGUGUUUGCAACCGAUUCACAUUGUAGUGGGCAAGAAGAGUCGCUGGGGAUCUUGCUUAUUGAGGGCGUCUGCUUGUUUUGAGGCGAGAAGUUGUUGAAAAAAGUCGCAUACAACAUGUCUGUGGAGGCGGGAAAAGGAGAGGUUGCCGCAAGCAUAAAAGCCCUCUCGGAGAAAAUCAAAGAAGUGGACAGACGUCUCAACGACGAGAAAGAAGAUGGCAAUAAGGAGGCUGAGCUCUGCUGGCUGAAGCAGUCGACGGCGUUGUAUCAGGAAUUGGCAGCUCUGCAGCAGAAGGAGAAUCUGCUGCUCGCGAAGGAGGUUGGCUUGCAGACUAGUGCCUCUGUGGCUGGAGCAGCGGUUGCGCCCGGUGUAGCCUCUGGAAGCGCCAGGUCGCCCACUUCCGUGUACCUUAGAAUAAUGUGGCCGGUGGAUUCGGGAGAGCAGGCGUUAGACACAGUAGUGUACCCCUCCUCGAACGCUGCCGUCGACGUCCUAAAAGCAUUCACCAGACAAGGGCGUCUCGCGGAAACGAAUAACCUGGAGCCGGAAGACUUACAUCUGAAGGAUCAUCGCGGUGCUGACUUGAGCGAGUCCCUAGAUGUUCCGGGGUCGUCUCCAGAAGCGCCACUGCAAGUAUGGCUGCGAAAUACUGCCCGCCUUCCUCCAGCAGCGCGUUCGCACUGCAGCGCAUCAGACCUAACGUCAAAGACCCUGCGGGCGGCCCAGGAGAGGAUUGGCUUCAAGGAGGCAUGUAGCUCCUGGCCAUUUGGAAUCCCCAACCCUGUCCCUCCCCUCCCCAAAUACAAACCGGUCGCCGGCGGGAAAGAGGAGAAGAACACCGCGCCGUUCUACAAGUACCUCGGGAAGCAUUUCCUGAAACCGGACUGGCCCGUAACCUUGCACGAUACGCAUUCUGCCCGGCUCUUCAAUGGAGACACGGGCCUCCCUCUCCCCGGCGCACCAACGGACGUCACUGGGAACUGUGACUUCGUGAUGACCCCUUCGUUCAUCGGGUCAAUUACAACGAGCAUGUUGGAGUACACGUUUGUCUUCUUCGAGCUCACGGACUUCAGGCCUCUGACGGGGAGUACGGCCACCGACGCCAUUGCCUCGAAGAGCACGCAGGUCAUUGGGGAGUUGCUCCUCGUGCAGUCGCAGUCGAAGUUUCGGGUCUACGCAGCAACCGGUGCGCAUCAGCAGUUCGAGCUCUUCUGGUUUACGGACCUAAAGACGCUGUGCCGAAAGCGCGGGACGACCGAGGAGGCAAUUGCAGUGCUCGCGCGGAUCGUAGACAAGCACCGGGCUGUGUGUGCGGCGCUGAACGCAGAUUCAAAGGCGCCCCUCCCAGACGAAGUCGCGGCCGGGCAGCUGUCCCGCCUGAGCGAGCUCACCCGGGUGAAGCGGAGAAACGAAAACUCUCUGGAAAGCCGCAGAGACACAUCCCAGCAGACCAUGCACCGGGAGAAGAAGCACAAAAAGGGAUCAGCCGGCAAGAAGCCGCCUCCACCCUCUUCCGGUGCCGCAGGGGCAGGGCUUGCCUCGGUGGCAGAGGAUGACGGCGGAGGUGAGGACGAGACACGGGUAGGGUGUUACGGUUUGCGAAAACGGACGGGAGGGUCCGUGGUCAAGAAAACGGUGCCGGGGCCAGUGGGAAAACGGAAGGCAGCAGCGCCGGCGGAGGAGGACGGAAGGUGCCGAAGCGUGGCGGCGAGAGUCGAUCCGCCAGAUGAGGAGCCGUCUGCGAGCGGGGUCAGCGGAAGCAACACCUCCAUUUCUGAGCAGAGCAUAGGGUAUCUGGAUGCGGACAGCGACUGCGACAGCCUGCCCGCAACCGGGGAGGAUCGCAUCUUCGAUCACCUGCAGCGGAUCAGCGCUCUCGCUGCGGACGGGGGCAUUCUUGAUAGCAACGGAGGCACGGUGUAUGACCCGUCCACAGUGUCGUGGGGCUGGGACGGGGACCGGGGCGGUCUGAUCUCACAGCCGAGCUCAUUGGCGGGGUGGACGGUCUCGAUUGAUCGUGGAUCGGGGAUGAUGGACCACUUUCUGCUAAGUGGGCAUCCCGCAGGAUGCUUGGAAGAAGAUUGGGACGGGGAGAGCUAAGUAGCUGAUCCGCAUCUUUGACCUAGAGAGAUUGUUGGAGGGGCCCCUAUGACUGUCCACAUCAGCUUGUUUCACGAGACCGACAUCAAUGUAACGGAGCCUAUCAAUUGCAGUUCACUUUUCCAAUCG